CCCCUAUUCAUCAGUUCAUAAAGAAAAGCCUUCAAGUGCGAAACUAUCAAAGCGUAAGCUCAAGCGAAGAAUAUUCUCUCUCAGUGCAGUGCCAGUUAUUGGUUUAAAUUGUGUGUAAUUUUGAAUAAAUUUCAAUUUGCAAAAUAAAACAAAAGAAUCAAGAUGCCUGAACAAGAAUGUGAGACUUUUGCUUUCCAAGCUGAAAUUGCUCAGCUUAUGUCCCUGAUCAUCAACACAUUCUACUCGAACAAGGAAAUCUUUUUGCGAGAAUUGAUUUCAAACUCAUCUGAUGCCCUGGACAAGAUUCGCUAUGAAUCCCUGACUGACCCCACAAAAUUGGACAGUUGCAAGGACCUGCAAAUCAAGUUGAUUCCCAACAAGUCUGCGGGCACACUGACCAUCAUUGAUACAGGUAUCGGUAUGACCAAGGCCGAUUUGGUGAACAACUUGGGUACCAUCGCCAAGUCCGGAACCAAGGCGUUCAUGGAAGCUCUUCAAGCCGGAGCUGACAUCAGCAUGAUUGGACAGUUUGGUGUUGGUUUCUACUCGGCCUACUUGGUUGCUGACAAAGUAACAGUCACCUCAAAACACAACGACGAUGAGCAAUACGUUUGGGAGUCGGCUGCUGGUGGCUCGUUCACCGUACGCCAAGACAGCUCAGAGCCUCUGGGACGAGGUACAAAGAUUGUAUUGUACAUCAAGGAGGACCAGACGGAUUAUCUAGAAGAAAGCAAGAUCAAGGAGAUUGUCAACAAACAUUCCCAGUUCAUUGGCUAUCCAAUUAAGUUGCUGGUGGAGAAGGAGCGUGACCAGGAAGUGAGUGACGAUGAAGGUGACAAGGAUGACGAGGACAAGAAGAAGGAAAUGGAGACUGAUGAGCCCAAGAUUGAGGACGUGGGUGAGGAUGAGGAUGCUGACAAGAACAAAAAGAAGAAGACUGUUAAAGUUAAGUACACAGAAGACGAAGAAUUAAACAAGACUAAGCCCAUCUGGACCAGGAAUCCCGAUGACAUUUCCCAGGAGGAAUAUGGCGAGUUCUACAAAUCCCUGACUAACGACUGGGAGGACCAUUUGGCUGUAAAACACUUCUCAGUGGAAGGCCAGUUGGAAUUCCGUGCACUGCUCUUUAUUCCACGAAGGGUGCCAUUUGAUCUCUUCGAGAACCAAAAGAAGCGCAACAACAUUAAGUUGUACGUGCGACGUGUGUUCAUCAUGGACAACUGCAAUGAUUUCAUUCCAGAGUACUUGAACUUCAUGAAGGGAGUUGUGGAUUCAGAGGAUCUGCCAUUGAACAUUUCUCGUGAGAUGCUCCAACAGAACAAAGUUCUCAAAGUCAUCCGCAAAAACUUGGUCAAGAAGUGUAUGGAACUGUUCGAGGAAUUGAGUGAAGACAAAGAAAACUACAAGAAAUUCUAUGACCAAUUCAGCAAGAACUUGAAAUUGGGUGUUCAUGAAGAUAGCAACAACCGCGCCAAAAUUGCAGACUUUCUGCGAUUCCAUACAUCGGCGUCCGGAGAUGACUACUGUUCGUUGGCCGACUAUGUUAGUCGCAUGAAGGAGAACCAAAAACACAUUUACUUCAUCACCGGUGAGUCCAAGGAUCAAGUGAGCAACUCUGCCUUUGUUGAACGUGUGAAGAAACGUGGAUUCGAGGUUGUUUACAUGACCGAACCAAUCGACGAGUACGUCAUCCAGCAUCUGAAGGAAUACAAAGGCAAACAGUUACUGUCAGUAACGAAGGAAGGUUUGGAAUUGCCAGAAGACGAAGAGGAGAAGAAGAAGCGCGAAGAAGACAAAGCCAAGUUCGAAAAUCUGUGCAAGGUCAUGAAGUCAAUCUUGGACAACAAAGUCGAGAAAGUCGUCAUCUCCAACCGUUUGGUUGAGUCUCCCUGCUGUAUUGUAACAUCACAGUUUGGUUGGUCGGCAAACAUGGAGCGCAUCAUGAAAGCUCAAGCUCUUCGCGAUUCAUCGACUAUGGGUUACAUGGCUGCCAAGAAGCACUUGGAAAUUAACCCAGAUCAUGCCAUCAUUGAAACCCUGCGUCAAAAGGCCGAUGCCGACAAGAACGACAAAGCCGUCAAAGAUCUGGUCAUCCUGCUCUUCGAGACAUCUCUGCUUUCAUCUGGAUUCUCACUCGACAGCCCACAAGUUCAUGCCUCAAGAAUCUACCGCAUGAUCAAACUAGGUCUUGGUCUCGACGACGAGGAACCAAUGACGACCGAAGACGUCCAGAGUGCUGGUGAUGCACCUCCACUAAUCAGUAACGACAUAGAAGAUGCAUCUCACAUGGAAGAGGUCGAUUAAGACUUUAAUGCUUAAUUAGCUUAACAAAUUAGUAAUUUAUUUAAACUAAACGUAAGAUAGUUUUAACAAGAUAAUUUUAUCAAAGAUUCCAUUUUGCUUUAUUACCGCGUUAUAGCGGCGGACGUUAUGAUAGUUGUGGAGAAGUCAAGUCAUUUUCAGUUUAAAUAAAUUGAUUUUAAAAUGCAGAAGAAAUAACAUAAUUUUUUAUUUAUACGUUGAGAGUUAUGAUAGUUAAAUAAAAAUUAAUGUUGAAAGAACGAAAA